UUCUGUAGAUUUCAUCAUUCUCCACUUCUCAAGGCCAUGGAAGACCUAGAGGAAACAUUGUUUGAAGACUUUGAGAACUACUCCUAUUCCGUGGAAUAUUACUCCCCAGAGUCUGAUUUGGAGGAGAGUGCCCCCGUGGGAGCUGUUCACUGGGUCUCCCUGGUGUUAUACUGUUUGGCAUUUGUUCUGGGUAUUCCAGGAAAUGCCACUGUCAUUUGGUUCACGGGUUUCAAGUGGAAGAAGACAGUUACCACUCUCUGGUUCCUAAAUCUGGCUGUGGCGGAUUUCAUUUUUCUUCUCUUCCUGCCCCUGCAUAUCUCCUAUGUGGCCAUGAAUUUCCACUGGCCCUUUGGCAUCUGGUUGUGCAAGGCCAAUUCCUUCAUUGCCCAGCUGAACAUGUUUGCUAGUGUUUCUUUCCUGACAGUGAUCAGCCUGGACCGCUGUAUCCAAUUGAUCUACCCUGUCAUAGCUCAUCGGCAGCGAACCCUAAGGAAAUCCUGGAUUGUUAUUAUACUCGUUUGGCUCUUGGCUUCUCUACUGGGUGGUCCUGCCCUAUACUUCCGGGACACUCUGGAGUUCAAUAACCACACUGUUUGCUAUAACAAUUUCCACGAGCAUGAUCCUGACCUCUCGUUGAUGAGGCACCAUGUUCUGAUCUGGGUGAAAUUUAUUUUGGGGUACCUCUUCCCUUUACUAACAAUGAGCAUUUGCUACUUGUGUCUCAUCUUCAAGGUGAAGAAGCGAAGCAUCCUGAUCUCCAGUAAGUAUUCCUGGACCAUCCUGGCUGUGGUCAUGGCCUUUUUGAUUUGCUGGACUCCUUAUCACCUGUUUAGCAUUUGGGAGUUCACCAUCCACCACAGUAGCUAUUACCACAAGGUGUUGCAGGCCGGAAUCCCCCUCUCUACUGCUUUAGCAUUCCUCAACAGUUGCUUGAACCCCAUCCUUUAUGUCCUAAUUAGUAAGAAGUUCCAGGCACGCUUUCAGGCCUCAGUUGCUGAGAUACUAAAGUACACGUUGUGGGAAGUCAGCUGUUCUGGCACGGUGAAUGAACAGCUCAGGAACUCCGAAACCAAGAACCCAUGUCUCCUGGAAACAGCCCAGUGAAUUACUACUCUUCCACAAAUCAGUAUAAGGCGUUCGUGUGGGUCCCCUGACAGAUGCUUUCAGAUUAUUUGAUUCCAAGAUACAGAGCUGACCAUAUCUUUUUAGUUGUUUUUUGGCAUCACAUUUUUGUGUGGAUGUAAAAUUUAGGAACGAUCUUCAUUUUGUUUCUCCCUGCCACUUAAAUUGUGUCAUUCUUGCUAAUUGUACCAUAGUGGAUUAGUCACCGCUCUUGAGGCAAUAUCAGUUAUAUUUUUUGAAUUUUAAUAAUUUUAAAGUCCUAAAUCUUAAUAUUAAAUAUAUUAUUAAUUCAUUUCAAAAAUGGUAAAAUAAGUUUGCUUCAGCUCACUUUAAUUUUGCACAAGUAACCCAUUAGACAAGUUCUAAAAUGCAACAUGUUUACUUAAUUUCUUUAUUUCAUAUAAUCUUUGUAUAUACAUUUAUGAAUAAAGCUAAUAGUGGCUUAUAGUAGUUUAAAACGUUGUUCCAGUUGAUUAUUAAUACUUAGUAAACUGCCCCCAAAUCUAGUUGCUUAAAACAAUGUAUUACUAUUAUAUCUCAUAACUCAGAGAGUCAGGAAUUCAAACAGGGCACAGAAGGGAGGUCCCUCUCUCUGCUUCAUAUCUGGAGCCUCAGUGGACUGGGAUGACCUAAAUGGCUGCAGUUUCCAACAGCUGAUGGCCAGCUGAGCAGCUCGCAUCCUUUCCCUCCUCUCUUCCCUUCCCCCCACUCCCCUCUUCUUCCUUUUCUCCUCUUCUCUUUUUUUUUUGUGUUGGAAAGGAAGAAGUAAAAUUGUCUUUAAUCUUGCAUAGGGGAAAUCCAAAUGAAUCCACUAAAUAGAAACAAAAAAAGAAACUACUAGAAUUAAUAAAUCAGUUCAGCAAGAUCACAGGAUACAGGAGAAACAUACACAAUUAUAUAUCUUUUUUUUUUUUAGAAAAAAAAUUUUUUAAAAUUAGUUUCAGGUGUACAACACAGUGCAAUAGUUAUAUGUUUUUCUCUUCUUUCUUCACAUAUCUGUUGCACCAGGUCACCUCAGGGUAGCUAGACUUCUUAUAGGGCAAUUUAGGGCUUCAAAGGACCAAGGUGGACAUUUCUAGUCCUCUUAAAAGCUAUGCCCAACACUGACACAGUAUCACUUCUACUGUACUCUAUUGGUCAAAGCAGUCACAGGCCAGUUCAGAUUCAAGAGGAGGGGACAUAGACCCUCCCUCUCAAUGGGGACAUGCUCUCAUCUUUAUUCCUUUAUGAUAUCAAGUCAAAUAUAAAAGUUUUUGGAAAAUUCUGGGUAUGUGCAAGUAUGUAUAAGAUUGCUAUAAACACUGACAUUCAGGUCGGCCAGCCCAAUCUCAGAAUGAUUUCAGGAAAAGAAAGCAUGUAUGACAUAUUAAUAUAUUUCUAGCUUUUAUUCCUAUAGCUAUAUAUAGACAGCAGUAUAAGACCAAAUAAAGCAUACCUUUAAGUCAAGGCAAAUCUGUUGCAUUUUAGACUGUGAUAAUAUUUUGACCUCAAUUCAUUUAUCCCUUUAACAAAUACAUGAGUAUCUAAGAGGUAUUCAGAAUCAUGGUACAUAGAUAUUGUGAGGGAUGCCAAGAUGCAUAAGGUACUUACAGUUUAGAAAGUGAGGCUAAACUUGCAUGAAAACUAUCCUAAAAUAAGGCAGACAGUAAUAAGUGCCCCAAAAGCGAAGAGAAGCAUCGAUUGUUCAGAGAAGAACGAGAUGGCAUCAUCCACUGUCGAGGAAUAGGAACACUGGAAAUCUAUGUCCUUGACUUUGGGGGUUCCCUAAAGAUCCUGUCCCUACCCCUUGUCUCUGCUGACCUCUCCAUCUUUUGUGAAUACAAACUCUGCUACUCACUGCAAUUUUAAAAACGUUUAAUUUUUUCAUAAUUUCUCAAUUUUAUUUUGAAAGUUGUGAGGGGAGCUGUUAUUUCUUUAAUUGGUAUCCUUUUUUUUAUGUCACCUCUUAGUUUUCAGAAAUGCUAAUACCAGAUCUUUACUGGCUAUGUCCUUUAUUGUUAACCCCCUCUGACAAAUCUGGUUUUGGAAAUUAUUCCAAAACAAUGGAUGGCAUAGCUAAGCAGAGUUCUGCCAUUUCCAAUAUGGGUUAAGGGAAGCAGGGAGAGAAAGGCUCGUUGUGAGUGUCUGGCCCUUAGUGCAGCCUUUAACCUUGCCCCCUCUGUCACCAGGUUUUCAGAUAUUUUACUCUGAGUUUCCCUUGGCUUUCGAGCAAAGGCCCUGGGUUUCCAGAAUGAGGAGAAAAGCUGGAGGAUCCAAGAAAGAAGAGAACUUCAUAGGCUCAUCUUUAGUUUGAGCAAAUGGAGUCUCUCAAGGCUGUGGGAGCAAAACGAAAGCUGAGAAGCAGGAAGGAGAUUAAAACAGCCAAGGCAGCAGGAAAUGAAAGGAGCAGGUGGUAUUCUGGAAGUUACAUUUCAGGGUGGUGCUUCCUACCCUUUGUGCGUUUAGAAAUCCAUGUGGAGCCUUUAUCCCAUUAGGCUCAGCGGGCACAGUAUCUAGGGGCUGUGAGCUUUCCAAGGGUCCAUAAAAAUAUUCGAGAUCUUAAAAAUAUUAUUGGCUCUAGAAUACAAAAAGGAAACUUGUAAAGUCAAAAUGAAUAAGUACUUAAUUACAUGUCUAUAAAAGAUAUACUUUUAUGUCAAUUAGUCAAAUGAAGUAUUUAAUAGUUAUAUAGAAACAUUUAAUAUGGGAUUUCCAUGUUACUUUGUUGGAUAUGAGGAGUGGAGCUUCCAAAAAGAAAAAUGCUUUGAGGAAUGUCUACAAAGGUCUUAGAGGAGUUUUUGAAUUCACUUGAGAAUCUAAGGAAAGUUAUGGGUCUUUUCUACAGAAAAAAAAUGCUUUUAAAUAAAAUAUCAGGAAGUCCUUAGACCCAUGCUUGGAGCUCGUUUUAGUGGCUUUGAAAAUAGCUGAUAUUGGGGAUGUGACAGAAAUUCACUAGUAGAAAGUAGCAACCAAUAAAGGCACUUGCCAGCAGAAACGAGUUAAAUUUUUACGCUCAGUUUGAGGGAGGAUCCAAGGAGUAACACAGGAUACACAUUGGGGACUCCAAGCCUCCUCCACUGGCAGUUGGAAUCUGGGUAGUGAGGCUCUCCAGGGGGUCUAAUGACCAAGAACAGGAUGAAUGACUAAAAAGAGAGGGGCUGGAGGCAGGACAGGCACUGCAGCAAUUUGGGAAGGAAGCGAGAGGGCUCAGUGCCUAGUUGGCCGGAGAAUAAAGAACAGAUCUGCCUCUUUCUCAAUGAAAGGAAGCGUUUAGGAGAAGAGGGCAGGCGCCAGGGCCCCUGGAGGCAGGAUACCUAGAUUUGAAUUACGGUCAUAGCUCUGUGACCUUGGCUAAAUUAAUUCAAAUUUCAAGACCUCAGUUUUCCCCAUCUGCAAAAUGGGCAUAACAGUAGUACCUGCCACAUGGGGCUAUUGUGAAAAUUAAACAAGUUGAUGCAGGUAUUUAUAGGACUUUACCUAAAGCACUUAAAGCAGUGCUUAGCCCUAUGCUGGUAUGAUACUUAAUGAAACUCCUGGCACUUUCUGACAUAGUAACUGCUUGGUAAAUGUUAGAGUCCUUCCUUCUCGAAUGAACAUAAAAAUCUCAGGAAGAAUAAGGGAACUACACAGAGAACUUAAAGCAAGGUGGUUUAUAAGUGCUAUGAAAGAACAUUAUGUGCUGGGAGGCUGCAAGGGGCAGAAAGGAAUAGAAUAAGACUUCUUGAAAGAAGUAUUUGAAGGGCAUCUUGAAGAAGGACUACAAUUUUAACAAAGUGCAGGUGAGGAAAGAGGCUACAUUAGGUAGAUGGUGUAGCAAGAGCAAACGUACGGAGGUUGAUAAACAUGGGCUGUGUUCAGAAAAGAGAAUAGUCCCAUUUUAUAGGGACAAAGUGAGGAUAGAAGAUUGAAAGUUGUGCCAGGCUUGAAGAGUAAUCCAUAGUUCUUCCAUACAGGCAGUAGUUCUUCAGGGGUUGAAUAUUUAGAAGCCUGUGGAUACUUUCUUUUGAUUUUUACUUCCCUGAAUACUAUUCAGGCCCUUGACAUUCCAAAUGAGACUCUCAUUUGUCACAUUUCCUGAACAACUAUUAUCAUCAUACAGAGUAUGUAAUGAGAGAAUGUCUGUUUAUCAGUCUCAAAUUUCCAUUUUAAGUUUACCCUUAUGUGAUAUUAUCUGCUCACUCUCCCUAACUUAAGGUAUGAAGCAAAGGUUACACUGAUGAAAUAGAACUGCCUAAAUUCAGGGAUGAAGAACUUUCUCCAUUCUAUUAUCAACAUGUUAUCUGGCCCACGAAGACCUGGGUUUGAGUUCCUCCUUUCUCACUAGGUGAAUAAUCGGGCAAGUCAUCUUUCAGGAUUGUCUCAUCUAUAAAUGGUGAUAACAGUGUCGGCCUUAUUUCCUAGGCUUAUAAUGGAGUUUAAAUUAGACAAUGUAUAUGAGGCCUGUGUUUUUUUAAUUUACUUUUUUAUCCUAAGGACAAUAAUUGCCAUUGCCUAAAUUAUAUUUGUUUGGGAAAAAAAAACUAUACAUAUAUUCCAAAACACUACUACAACUCUUUUUGUAUUUUUGUCUUUGUCUAUAAGCUUAUCUUUUGAUAGUAAUAGUCAAUGAAAAAUCAAGCAUUGUUCAACGUUGCUACAGUCUCCAUUUUUUAAAAGUAAUAUAUUAAGCUUAUAAAAUAUUUCAUUGAGUAUAUAUGCCAUAAUUUAGUCAUUCCCAUUUAUGUUGGGAUUAUAAAUCCUUUUAUUUACCUGCAUCCAACCACACAUCUCCAGAUCAGAGCUCUGCCUUUAUCUUGUCAUUCUCCGGCUUGGAAACCUUGAAGGCUCCACCCUGCCCUCACAGAAUGAGCCAGCCUAUAAAUUCAGAUGCCUCUACAACCUGACUCCACCCUACCUAAUCACAGACACUGCAGAAUCCAGCCAAACUGGUUGAAAUUCCUCCCAAAUGUGUAUUCUCAUUCUUGACUUUAUCAUUCUGCCUGUAACACCCUCCUGGAACAUUCUCUCUCUCUGGAACGUUUUUUUUGUUUGUUUGUUUUGUUUUAACAAACUGAUCAAGGUUUCUCUUAAGCCCCGAUUUCUUUCAAAAACUUUUCUUCAAUUCUAGCCUUCCCGACCUUCUGAACAUUUGGAUUACUUGCUUAAUCACAAAAUGACUCAUUCUUCACAAUUUUGUGUGCUUGAACCGCCUCCCUAUAGUAAUUUUCUUAACUCUGUAUUUUUAUAGCAUCUAACAUAGUGAUACAAAAUGAAUCAUUUUGACUUCCCACACUGCGGCUUUGCCCUUUUCUGGGGGUGCUGAAUCUGAAGAACAAACAAGCUUUCAGUUAUUGUAAUUACUUAGGGGGUCUGCAAAAAGAGGUGGCCUCUUAGUUUUUUGUUUUCCACUCCAAAGCCAGAAACAGGAAAAAAAAAUCUCUCUAUGUAUACCUACUUUUGCCUUCUGAGUCUGCUGGCUCAAAAACAGUUCAUUCAGUAUGCUGGCUCACACGCAAAUGUGAGCGCUGCUCAUAAUAGCAAAAAAUUGAAAGCAACCUAAAGAUCCAAUAAAUAGCCUGGUUAAAUAACAUGAGACAAUGGAUUAUGUAACUGCUAAAAAACAAUGCUUUAAAAAAAUGUACUGCUAUGGAACAUCCAAGAUAUAGAUCAUCCUCAAGAUAGCCAAGUCUCUUUAUAUGAACAAAAUGCAAGGUGCCCAGUUUGUGUUGUGUGCUGCAGUUAGUCUGUGCGCAUGCUUAGACGAGCUCGUAAAAGACCUAGGAACCUGGGGAUAUUGGUUGCUUUUAUGGAGGUGAAUGGGAGGCCUGGGGGACAGGGGAAGAUUUCACUGUAUAACCUCUUGAAUUUUGAACUAUGUUAAUGUAUUAUCUAUUUUUUAAAAUAUAAAAUUAAAAGACCAUUAAAUAUAUUUUUUCUUCA